AAUCUUGAAAAUUCAACUUAUCUUCAAAUAUUAAUCAAUCCUCAAUCCAGAAAUGGGAAAGGUCAGCAGCUUCACAGCCAUGGCCAUGAUCCUGGCAUUAGCCAAUUCAUUUUUGGGUAAUGCAGGAGACCCAGAUAUCCUCAAGGAUUUCUUAGUACCUUUAGGCUUCCCCACCAACAUAACCAGCGAUUUCUUCACCUACACUGGGUUCAGAGAAUUAGUAAACGUAAAUAUAACAGGAAAAACUGCAGCCAUUGUAACAAAAGCAUCCAUGAAAGAGUUCCCUGCCCUGGAAGGCCAAAGUGUUUCUGUUGCUGCCCUUAUAUAUCCUCCCUCAGGCAUCAACCCUCCUCAUGUUCAUCCAAGAUCAGCAGAGCUCCUGAUACUAUUAGAAGGAGUUCUUGAAGUUGGAUUUGUGGACUCCACAAACAAACUCUUCGUUCAAACUCUUCAAGUUCCUGACAUGUUUAUCUUCCCCAAGGGGCUGGUUCAUUUCCAGGUUAACACAAGGAGUGAUUCUCCCGCAUAUGCUCUUGGGAUGUUCGGAAGUGCAAAUGCAGGAACUGUGCCGUUGCCUAGCACUUUGUUUGCAAGUGGGAUUAGUGCAGAAAUUCUUGCUGAAGCCUUCAAAACUGAUGUGGAUACCAUAUCCAAGCUAAUUGCGGCUAACAAUGUCACAGAAGCAGCAUAAAGCUGUUGAGUCUUAUCGAUAAUAAAAGUAAAAAUAAUAAAUAACAUGAUGAUGAACAUGAUCAAGCCAAAAAACAAGAUUCUGAUGUCAAAUGACAUAGACAAUAACUUGUGUACUGUUGUUUGUUAUCCAUUUGGAAGUAAUUGAUGAAAUUAAUAUUUCUUGUUGAGGUUA